AUGUCGCCAGAUACACCCAAUGCGACAACAAAUCAGAAACCAUCCAGGACGUCUGGCUGGUUAGCUAUACCAGCUCCGCUUGCUCGAUUAUUCAAGAGGUUCCCUCUCCUCACAUAUCCUCCCAACGAGCUCCCGGCUCGUUCGCCCAGCGCAAGAGAUGUAGCGACUCUGUAUGUCUUCAUAUCAGAUCGGGACGCCCUAAACGGCUUGCCAAGCUUCAACCCGAACUGUCUCAAGUGGCAGACCUUCCUCAAAAUGGCGGGAGUCGAUUUCCGCAUAAUACCCUCAACCAACCACGCCUCGCCCACCGGCGCAUUGCCAUUCCUCCUGCCCCCAUCCAGCCCAAAGCCCAUACCCUCCAGCCAACUCGAACAGUACGCCGCUGAAAACGGCACGGCCAAGACCCCUGACGUCCCGACCCCGAAGCUGGAGGCAUACGAAGCGCUCCUCGACGACCGGAUACGCAACGCCUGGCUCUACGCGCUAUACCUGUCGCGCGCGAACACGGCGCUGCUAUCGCGCCUCUACAUCACGCCCAUUUCCACGUCGCCGAUCGUGCGGACGACGACGCUGUACCACCUCCGGAGCGCGGCGGAAGCGGAUAUACUACGGUCGCUGGGUUCGCCAGUCGUAAGCGCGAGGGCAUUGUACGAGGGCGCGAGAGACGCGUUCGAGGCCCUGUCCGCAAUCCUGGGCGAUGACGACUGGUUCUUCGGGACGAUGCAGCCGGGGCUGUUCGACGCGAAGGUGUUUUCGUACACGCACCUGCUGCUCGACGAGAGGCUCGUGUGGGAGGAUUGGACGCUGACGGAGAUCGUGAUGGAGUUCCCGAAUCUGGUCGCGCAUCGGGAUAGGAUAUUAGAAAGUUGUUGGUGA